AUGUCAACGAACAACCAGCCCAAGGUCAUACUCUUUGACAUUGGUGGAGUUGUUGUUGUUUCACCAUUUCAGGCCAUUCUCGAUUACGAAUUGGGCUUAGGAAUUCCGCCAGGAUGGGUCAACUAUUCUAUCUCCAAGACGUCUCCAAAUGGUUUCUGGCAUAGGUUAGAACGGGGAGAGAUACUCAUGGACGAUGCUUUUUUCCAAGGUUUCGGGAAAGAUCUCCAUGAUCCUACACGAUGGGAAGCAUUCUACAAUACACAGCAAGGCAAGAACCCGAAGUUGCCAAAGGAGGUUCCACCACUACCAACACUGGAUGCGAAGUGGCUGUUCAACGAGAUGAUGACACAAUCAGCCACCCCAGACCCUUGGAUGUACCCCGCGCUCAAGAAGCUGAAGGAGAGCAACAAGUUCAUCGUGGCUGCUGUAAGCAACACGAUGAUCUUCCCUCCCGGACACCCGCUUCACCAAAGUGAUUAUUUUAGCGGACCCGUCCGAGGCUUGUUCGACGUCUUUGUGUCUUCAGCACAUGUCGGCCUGCGGAAGCCGGAUCCGAAUAUGUACGAGUACACACUGAGCCAAGUGAACGACUUCGCCAGGGAGCGAGUCAAGAGGCAAGAUGGGAGUUCGGCAAGCUUGAGCAGCGGCGUGAAGCCGGCAGAUGUUGUUUUUCUAGAUGAUAUCGGCGAGAAUUUGAAAGCAGCAAAGAAGCUCGGAUUCCAGACAAUCAAAGUCAACCUUGGUCGGGCAUUUGAGGCUGUCGAUGAGCUUGAGAAGGUGACUGGGCUUAGAUUGGCUGGCAAUCAUCCCAGGGUAGCUAUCAAACCGAGAUUUGGCCCUGCAAAAGCCAAGAUAUAA